GGAUUCUAACCGAAAAUUUACAAAAAAGAAAUUCAUUAGAAGACGAAAUAAUUAUAAAGCGUGUUACUCAUCAUGUCGAAUGGAAUGGAAAGGUAAUUGCGCUUGAUAAUAAUAUUUCGUACUACCGUUCAGCAAAAGUUGAUGACGAUAUUAUUAACGUUGGCGAUGUUGUAUAUGUGAGAAAUGAUAAAUUGGAUAAGCCUUGGUUUGCCAAAGUUAUGUAUAUGUAUGACGACCCUAAAGAAGGCAAGAUGUUUCAUUCCAGAUUUUUCAGUCAUGGGAGAGAUACCAUUCUAGAUGAACUUGCGGGGGAACGUGAACUUUUUCUCUUAGACAAUUGUGAUGAUAACCAUCUUGAUACCAUUAUGGGCAAAGUAAAUGUUAAGAGGCUCCAUUAUGAAGAACGCGAGAAUUUCUCCUUUGAUGAUUCUAGCUUCUAUUUUUAUCGAUUUUGGUAUGAUGAAACUUAUGCAUCCUUUGAGGAUGUAUAUUCACAUGAAGAUCCUACUAAAGAGUUUAUUUACUGUGGUGACAAUGAACUAUGUUACUCAUGUGAAAAUAAAUUCGCGGAAAAAGAAAAAGAGAAAUGUCUUAGAUGGAUCUCACGGGAUGAAAAUAAACGAGAAUGCUUUGAAUGCAAGGGAAUUGAAUAUCAUCUUAAUGAUUUUGUAUAUAUUAUCCCGGAUACAAAAGAAGACCCUUAUACUAUUGGUCAAAUAAUCGAAAUCCUGAAUAAAGGUGAAUCAUUGUCGCUAACGUCAGUAGAUGGGAUGAUGUCAUUAACAUCAGUAGGUGGGACCAAGAUUAUUGUAGUGUUGCGUCUAUUAGGUCGGUAUGAUGAUCUUACUACGGAAAAAAUAUCAAUUAAUACAUCGGCAUCAUAUAGAGAUGUUAUCGAUAUACCUAAAACGAUUAAGGAUUGUCGCCGUCUUUUCUUUACAAGAGAGACUGUUACAGAACGCGUAGAUCGUUUAGAGGGUGUGUGUUGGGUUGAUCAUAAAGACAAUAUAAACGACCUAGAAGCGUAUAAGGAUGAAAAAGAUACUUAUUAUGUGGAUUUAAUCGCUCCAAAACGAUCAUCGAAGUUGGAAGAGAUGUGCUUGUUUGAAGCGAAUGAUAUUUCAAAGUGUCUAAUUUGUUUUGAAAAACGACAAAAAAAUCAAAACCUAUCUGAUGAAUUUUAUGACCAUAUAAAAACAAACAAUCAAAAACUUCGUGCUAUGGAUAUAUUUUCUGGCUGUGGCGGUAUAACUGUGGGUAUGGAUCAGACCGGCGUGGUCGAUACAAAAUGGGCUAUUGAAUUUGAUUCUAGUGCAGCAAUGACUUUUGAAAAAAAUAAUCCAAAUGCUAUAGUAUAUAAUCAAUGCGCCAACCUUCUGUUGGAAAGGGCAAUUGCAGAACACGGUCGUCAAGAAACACUUAGCGAUCUGAAAGACUUUUUAGGUCGCAAGGUUCAAAGUAUGCCAGCGCCUGGUGAUGUAGAUUUUAUAUACUGCGGACCUCCUUGUCAAGGAUUCAGCGGAGUAAAUCGUUAUCAAAAAGCCGAUGAUAUUAAAAACAGUCUAGUAGCAACAUCCUUGAGUUAUGUUGAUUUUUAUAAACCUCAAUAUUUUCUUUUAGAAAAUGUACGUGGAAUGCUUUGUUUCCGACUAGGUGGAGAACAGGAUGGAAUUAAGAUAAAAGGGGGUAUAAAAAUGGGUGUAAUAAAAUUUAUAUUGCGUUCACUGACUGCAAUGGGAUACCAAACACGAUUUGGUGUCCAGCAAGCAGGUCAUCAUGGGGUUCCUCAAAGUCGUCGGCGUCUAUUCAUAUGGGGUGCGAAACAAGGAUUACAUCUCCCGGAUUUUCCACAACCCACAACUUGUUUCAGUAAACAAGGAUCAAUAAGUAUUUUGUUACCAAAUGGAACUUCAUUUUCAUAUAGUAAACGCACAAAUGGCCACGCACCAUUACCUGCAAUAUCUGUAUGUGAUGCCAUAAAUGAUUUGCCGGAAUUCGAAUUCGUCAAUCCUCAUUCGGUUUAUCCCGCUACUGAAGAGGACAAAAAUGAAAAACGACCUUUCAAACAAAUCAUAGUCCCAGAAAGAGGAUGGGUAGGAGAUAUGGUCACCAAAUAUGAAUCAGGGCCACUUUCGGAGUAUCAACGCCAAUGUCGUAAAGGUUCCGAAUAUCUACAUAAUCAUGUAACACGCGCAUUUAACCAAUUGACUGUAGAACGUAUAAUCCGUGUACCAAUGUUUCCCGGCACGGAUCAUAGCAAUUUACCCGAAAAACUAAAACCGUGGUGCUUGAGCGAUCCAAAUUCGGCAGCAAGUCGUCACAAUGGAUGGAAGGGUUUGUUUGGUCGUUUAGAUUUUAAUGGCCAUUUUCUUACUGCUUUGACCGAUAUUAACCCUAUGGGUAAAACUGGUACGGUGAUCCACCCAAACCAACGACGAAUCAUAACCGUCCGUGAAUGUGCUCGUGCCCAAGGUUUUCCUGACAAAUUUGUCUUUUUAAGUGAUCGAGAUGAUGUCAAGGAUAUGCAUAGGCAAAUAGGGAAUGCUGUACCGCCACCUUUAGCAUUCUCCCUUGGGCAAGAAUUAGUAAAAUCCUUAUUGAAGAA